ACACAAAUAUUAUCAUCCACGUGGCAAAUCAUCGUCAGCCGGCUCACGGGAACCUCAAUUUCCCCAUCUUUGUGUCCUAUAUAACCACUGAAACGCAUGAUUGUUGGGAGCGUGUUUAACAGUCUCAAGUAGUCUAAGCAACAACAAUGGCUUCAAGCUCAGCGUCUCUUCUCAAAGCCUCACCGGUGAAAUCUGAUUGGGUUAAGGGACAGAGUCUCCUCGUCCGUCAACCUUCUUCCUCAGUCGCAGCUAUCCGAAGCAACGCAGCACCUUCCGCUCUCACCGUCCGUGCCGCCUCUGCUUACGCGGACGAGCUCGUCAAAACAGCUAAAACAAUCGCGUCUCCGGGACGCGGAAUAUUGGCGAUGGACGAGUCAAACGCGACUUGCGGCAAGCGUUUGGCGUCGAUCGGGCUAGAGAACACGGAGGCUAACCGUCAGGCUUACAGGACGCUGCUUGUGUCAGCUCCAGGAUUGGGACAGUACAUCUCCGGAGCUAUCCUCUUCGAGGAGACUCUCUACCAGUCCACCGUCGACGGCAAGAAAAUGGUCGAUGUUCUCGUCGACCAGAACAUCGUCCCUGGCAUCAAAGUCGACAAGGGUUUGGUGCCGCUUGUUGGGUCUGACGACGAGUCAUGGUGCCAAGGACUCGACGGUUUGGCCUCUCGUACCGCUGCUUACUACCAACAAGGUGCUCGUUUCGCCAAAUGGCGUACUGUUGUGAGCAUUCCAAAUGGACCCUCUGCUUUGGCUGUUCAAGAAGCAGCUUGGGGACUUGCCCGCUACGCCGCUAUCUCUCAGGACAGCGGUUUGGUACCCAUUGUGGAGCCGGAGAUUCUGCUGGACGGAGAACAUAACAUUGACAGGACAUACGAGGUUGCAGAGAAGGUCUGGGCUGAGGUCUUCUUCUACCUCGCUCAGAACAACGUCAUGUUCGAAGGCAUCCUCCUGAAGCCGAGCAUGGUUACUCCUGGUGCUGAGUCCAAAGACAGAGCUACUCCCGAGCAAGUUGCUUCCUACACUCUCAAGCUCCUUCGCAACAGAAUCCCUCCUGCUGUUCCCGGAAUCAUGUUCCUGUCCGGUGGACAGUCCGAGUUGGAGGCGACUUUGAACCUGAACGCAAUGAACCAAGGACCGAACCCAUGGCACGUGUCCUUCUCCUACGCACGUGCGUUGCAGAACACUUGCUUGAAGACAUGGGGAGGCAGAGAGGAGAACGUGAAGGCGGCUCAGGAGACACUCUUGACCCGUGCCAAAGCCAAUUCGCUGGCUCAGCUCGGGAUAUACACAGGAGAAGGUGAGUCCGAGGACGCCAAGGAGGGUAUGUUCGUAAAAGGCUACACCUACUAAGCUGUUCCGUUUAUCAAAACUCAAAACUUGAGCUUGAUUGUGGUGUUUGAGUAAUAUUAUAAUACUCUUAUGUGACUAAGUUUUGUUUCCUUGUCGUUACUACUAAUCCUAAUAAAUCAAUAAUUGAGUUACGUCUGCUCUAAUUGUAAGACACUCAAAAUCUCUGGCUUUGCUAGCUAGUUAUGAAACUAUUGUAUAAAAGAAGUUAUGCUUUUCUAUCUU